UUUAGAUUAAAUUUUGCUAAAAAAUGUCAGGUCCAUCUUAUUUUGUAUGAAUCAUAAAAUUUGAAUAUUACUUUAUUUUUCUUAUUAAAUUCAAUAGAGAUUAAUUAUUUAUUUGUUCAUUUUAAUUAGAUAAGUUAAAAUGCCGUUGUCGUGUCGAUUUUAUGCUGAACGUUAUCCAGAAAUUGAUGAUGUUGUCAUGGUCAAUGUACGAAGUAUUGAAGAGAUGGGUGCAUAUGUGCAUCUACUUGAGUACAAUAACAUUGAAGGCAUGAUAUUGUUGUCAGAAUUGUCCAGGCGGCGUAUUCGUUCCAUCAAUAAAUUAAUUCGUAUAGGCAAGACUGAACCAGUAGUUGUCAUUCGUGUAGACAAAGAAAAAGGUUAUAUUGAUUUGAGUAAAAGAAGAGUUUCUCCAGAAGACAUAGAAAAGUGUACGGAAAGAUUUGCUAAAGCAAAAGCGGUUAAUUCCAUUUUGCGGCAUGUUGCUGAACUUUUAAAUUUUGAAUCUGAUGCUCAGUUUGAAGAACUAUACCAUAAAACAGCUUGGUUCUAUGAAGAACGAACAAAGAAGAAGUCAUCUGCUUAUGAUUUUUUUAAACAAGCAGUUCAAGAUCCUUCUAUAUUGGCAGAAUGUGGAUUAGAUGAAAACACUCAAAAUGUAUUACUUAACAAUAUUAAACGUAAAUUAACUUCUCAAGCUGUUAAAAUAAGAGCUGAUAUUGAAGUUGCUUGUUAUGGAUAUGAAGGAAUUGAUGCUGUUAAAACAGCAUUAAAAUGUGGUCUAGCAUGUUCAACAGAAGAACUUCCAAUCAAAAUAAAUUUAAUUGCUCCACCAUUAUAUGUAAUGACUACUGCUACACCCGAAAAAACUGAUGGCUUAAAAGCAUUACAAACAGCUAUUGAAGAAAUUGAUAAAUCUAUUGUUUCUCUUGGUGGUGUAUUCAAAAUUCAAAUGCCGCCGAAAGUUGUUACGGCUAGUGAUGAAGCUGACUUGGUAAGGCAAAUGGAGAAAGCUGAAUUGGAGAAUGCUGAAGUUGCUGGUGAUGAUGAUGAAGAAGAUGUGGAAGGUAUGCAAAAUGGAAACGUGGAUGCAGAUGAAGAUGAAGAAAAUGUAGAAGAAGAAUAAAAAAUAUACAACUAAUAUUGGUUGAAUUAUCUUUUUUCACAUAUUCUAUUAAACAUAGAAUUUAUGAAUUUA